AUGGCGGAUCCCUUGUCAAUCAUCGGAACAGCGGGAGCCAUCGCGAAUAUUAUCGAUGUACUCACCAAAACAAUCACAACGGUAUGCGACAUGCGACAAGCCUGGAAAAUCGCCGACCUCGCCGUGUUCGCGUUCGAGAACCAGCUCAACCUCCUCAAGUUUGCACUUUUUGAAAUUCAAAAAUGGACAGAGUCCAGAUCCGACGCACAAUCACAUCAAUUGGUGAUGCAAGUAGACAGCUGCGUAACGUGCUGUCGGCUUCUCAUUGGCAAGAUUGAUGGCGAAGUGUCGCAGUUUCAGAAAACAGUAGCUGGAGGUCUAGAGCUUGGUUCCAAGCUUUCAUUUCUGUUCAAGACCAAAGAUAUGGAGCAAAUUCAACGGAUGGUUGACCAACAGACACAUACACUAACACUUCUGUUAAGUGCUUGCAACUCAAAUGCCUUGGAAGAGCAAACGAGAAUCUUGCAACAGCCUAAAAUCAUUCAGGCUCUGGAGGUCAUGGACCGAGACACUGCGUCUCUCAUUGUCCAUCGAGACUCAGACUCCAUAGUUACCGCUACGUCCGUCAGUUCUUCACGAUGGUCGGUUCAGUUUGCGUUCGAUCGGGAGCUUUUCAUCAGCAAAGUUUACGACAAAUGGAUUCGGAGGCUUGCUACAACGCGGCGGAGCAGCAGUCAUCGCUCGGAAGAUACCACUCAACAAGACCAUCAACAAAUCUCAAAUAACGAUACUACCUUCUUGAGUAUAUCUACCGAAGAGCAGAAAACUACUCUUGUACACGCAGAAGCUGCUACUUCAGAAGAACCGAUUCGGUCACCAGCAAGCAUUGGUGAACAACUGAAUUCUUUGACACGUACCGCCAUGGGCAUAGAGAUGCAACCCCUGAGACGAAGCAGAACCACGAGUAGCUUGGAACUUCAAACCAAGGAAUCCCAACGUAUUGAUCAGAACUUGAAAGACGAUUUGAAAUCAGCUAAACGAGAGAUCAAAGUAGUCAUGCUUGGUUCAAAGUCGAGGAAGCGAGUAUUCGAAGAGAUGCGACUAUCAGAUGGCCAACCACAAUGUUACACAACUGAGCAACUACGACCGUUCCGACCUAUAAUUCUUGGCACAGUUUUAGAAAGUGUUCAGUUUCUUGCAAAGAAGCUCCUGGUCAGUGAGGCCACCAGAGAAGAUGCCAUACGGACGUUCUUGGCAGAUGUGUUGAUAUGCGGCAAAGAAGACUUGGAUCUCGACAAUGGUUUUGAACCAUGGGUUGUCCAAUUGUUCCGCACAAUAAUGGAGCAUGCGGCGACAAAGGCCUUAAUGAUGGACGAAACCUUGGUGCUUCCAGAGGAUGUUGCCUAUUUUUUAAACCAUAUAGAAAGGGUCAUGCAAGAUGAAUAUGUCCCCACAGACUCGGAUGCUAUAAACUGUCCAACACCACUGCCUGGCUGCGUGGAGGCUGCGUUCAACAUGGGCCAACUCACCAUGCGACUGACAGAUCUUGGCAACGCAAUGAAACCAAAAGUAGUUCCUCAACUCGAGACAGCAGCAGCCGUGAUAUUUGUUUUCGAUUUGAGCAGUUCAAGCGGCGAGGCCUUACUCCAGUAUGAAUCAACCGUUAAUUUCCAUUGGUUGAGAAAUUCAUUUAUUGUUGUCGUCUUCAAUAAUUCCAAGGGAUUUGCCAAGAGACUCGCAGAAAAGCCACUAAGCGAUGAAUUUCCAGAUUAUACGGGAGGAGAUGAUGAAAGGAAUGCAUCAACGUAUAUUCUGUCCAAGAUUAAGGUUUUGAACAGGUCUGAUCGCCGGUCAUAUGUCCAUUUCUCAAAUGCAGCGUUCGAUGAUGGGGACUUGUACAGGAUAUGGCGAUUGAUCCAGGACGGUAUCAUUCACCGUUCGUUGAGACGUCUCGUGCCGAAGUAA